AUGAGUUCCUCGGAGGUGCAAGCCCUUGAGAAUGAGGUCAAAGAAUACAAACUACAACUCGAAACCGUCCAAUUGAGUCUACAAAAUGAUCCGGAGAACGCUGAAUUGGAGAGUCUCCAGGCAGAACUUGAAGAAGUCAUUUCCCUCACCGAAUCUGCCAUUGCAGAACUAAAGCCUGCCUCAGUCUCAGCCCGAGCCCCCAGCCCACCACAGUCACAAGUAAAGGAGAAAUGGUCAAAGCAGAAUCAUCCAGCCUAUCAGGCUGGAUAUCGCAAACCCGAGGCCGAACCCGAGGAGCCCACCACAACCACCACGUUUUCGGUCAAUGACACUGUAUCUGCGAGAUGGAAGUCGGGCGAUGGUGCAUACUACACAGCAAGGAUCACAUCCAUCACUGGUUCUGCCAGCGAUCCCGUCUACAUUGUGACAUUCAAAAAUUAUGGAAACAAUGAAACAUUGCGAGCAAAAGACAUCAAACCGCUGGCAACUGAUCCAAGGAAACGUAAGGCUGAUAACAUAUCAGGCACUUCCACCCCGACUUCCACCCCGGCCAACCCCAAUAUCAUCUCUGCGGCGGCAAGCGUCGAUCCCACCCUGGCUCAACAAGCCCGACGCGAACCUAGCAAGGUUAGCGAUGGACCAAUCCGACCGGCCAAAAUCCCUCGAAAAGUCAAAGCCAACAAAGAAUUAGAGGCUGGCAAGAACAAGUGGCAAGACUUCGCUGCCAAGUCCAAGAUUGGUAAAAUGCAGAAGAAGGACAGUAUGUUCAGGACAGGAGAUGGCGUCAACGCUCGAGUGGGUUUCACAGGUAGCGGACAUGAAAUGCGGAAAGAUCCCUCUCGCUCGAGGCAUGUUUACAAUCAAGGAGGAGCAGAUGAUUAG